AUGUCUGGUCGUGGAAAAGGAGGCAAAGGACUCGGAAAAGGAGGAGCGAAGCGCCAUCGCAAAGUGCUCAGGGACAACAUCCAGGGCAUCACCAAGCCGGCCAUUCGUCGCUUGGCUCGUCGCGGUGGUGUGAAGCGUAUCUCUGGACUGAUCUACGAGGAGACGCGUGGAGUGCUGAAGGUGUUCCUGGAGAAUGUGAUUCGUGACGCUGUCACCUACUGCGAACACGCUAAGAGAAAGACUGUCACCGCCAUGGACGUCGUUUACGCCCUCAAGCGCCAAGGACGCACGCUGUACGGCUUCGGGACGGCCGCAGGCACUAUAUCGUUCGCGAGCAACCGAUUCGAGAUGGCUCGUACCAAGCAGACCGCGCGCAAGUCGACCGGAGGGAAGGCGCCACGCAAGCAGCUAGCCACGAAGGCUGCAAGAAAGUCGGCACCGGCCACCGGUGGUGUGAAGAAGCCUCAUCGCUAUCGCCCUGGAACCGUAGCCCUGCGGGAGAUUCGUCGCUACCAGAAAUCGACGGAGUUGCUGAUACGCAAAUUGCCAUUCCAGCGUCUUGUGCGAGAGAUUGCGCAAGAUUUCAAGACUGACUUACGUUUCCAGUCCUCGGCUGUGAUGGCUCUUCAGGAAGCUUCAGAGGCUUAUCUCGUUGGACUAUUUGAGGACACGAACCUGUGUGCGAUCCAUGCGAAACGCGUCACUAUCAUGCCGAAGGACAUCCAACUAGCCCGCCGCAUUAGAGGAGAACGAGGCUAA